AAGAAGAAGAGAAAGCAUUUCCUCUGUGAAAGGUCUCGAGCAUGGCGACCUCUUGUCACAGGUUCAAUGUUACAGAGCCGCGCUGAUUGUAGUAAUAGCUCUGUUUAUAUUCGGGUCUGACCUCAUGCACCACGUUAGCGGUUUUUAAUCCAACAGACAUAAGAGUAUAAAAUGUUUUCAGCUGUAGUACGGAGCCGUAUUCCGGUGUCUUUCGUGCUGUCCCCUCGGUUUGGUGUUGUGGUGGAGAGUGUGCGGGGCAGGAAGUCCCGCACUGACCCGAAAGCCAAGUCCAAAGCGGGCCGAAUCAAGACCCCGCCCCCGGUGGACCCUGUGGAGAUGGUGGUGCUGAAGGAGCGCUACACUGAGUACAACCUCAUCAUGAGGGCGCUUAGGUUACAGUUUAAAGAGGAAAUGCUGAGGAAGCGCUAUGAGGAAGAGACUGGCUCUUUAGCAGAAGAGAGAGCCAAACAGGAAGCUGAGGAACACAGAUCAUUAAUGGCCUGGAAUGAUGCAGAAAACCUCAGAUUACGAAAAAUACGUGAGCUGCGUGUGCAGGCAGAGACUGCGGCUGCUGAACAGAGGAGGAAAGAGGCAGCGAUUUUGUGUGAACAAAAGCUUGAGAAUUACAUAAAAGAAAAACAGAAAGAAAUCCUCCAGCUGCAGGAAGAGGCAAAGAACUUUAUUACACUGGAAAAUUUGGAUCAGCGGAUUGAGGAGGCAUUAGACAACCCCAAAAGCUACAACUUUGCUAUAAAUAAAGAAGGAAAAGUGGUCAAACGAACUGUGCUUCAAUAAGAAACAGUGAUCAAAACAUCAGGAUUAAAGAGACUGAAAAUGAUGCAUGUCUGUUUCCUUGCUCUAUCCAACCUAUGUAACUUUAAGUGUCCACUUUAAAGAUGUUACUUUGUUUUCCUAAGUAAACGUUUAAUUGUGUUUCAGUUA